UAAUUUUCAAGUAACACAUAAUAUAACGGCUCAGUGGCUCAGUUUAUUGUCGGGUCGAGCUUUUAGUGACAACACCAAAGACAAUCUUUAACAACACUACAAGUGUUUGUUUUUAUUCUUGUUGCAUACCACUUGAAAUUUAGAAUCGAGCUUGGAGUUGACCUAGAAAUGGAGCCAGCGAACCGAAAGGACAAACAGAAACAAAGAGAUAGCUCAACACGCGGUGACCGAGCAAAACAGAAAUCUGCACAGCAAGAAUUAAAACAACGACAGAGAGCAGAGAUCUAUGCCUUGAACAAAGUGAUGACGGAGCUUGAACAGCAGCAGUUUGAGGCCUUUUGCAAGCGGAUGCAGUCACAAGGAGAUUGACAACCAGCCAAAAACCUUUCAGUUACACUUUUUCACAGCACACUUUGCAAUGCCAGCAUUUUAUUUUUUUAAAAACCUCAAAGAAAUGCCAGUAUUGUCGUUUUCUAAUGUUUAUUUCUGUGUUGAGUUGAUCAGGUGGUGCUAGUUUUAUUCUUUUCCUGUGAACAAUCAUGGAUCAGUAUUUGUUUACAAAGCUGUGUUCAGAGAAUGGUUCUGUUCAACAACUACAGUAGGCUAUAUCUCUUUUAAAACAAUAAGAUGGACUGAUAUUGUUACAUUUUCUAAUUUAUUAUAUUAUACCAUUGGUGUUUUUAACAUUUAUACCUUCAUGUCUUGUGUCUUUGUCUAUUGAAACUAUGCCUUUACAAUAAUAAUUAGUAGUCAUCAAAUCCUGAAUGACAUGUCCAGGUGUUUGAUGUGUGUAUUUAAUGUACUUAAUAUAUUAAAAUUGUGUUUUGAA